GUUAGUCAAUAACAGAAAUCUAUUCUGUAAUAAUUUUUAUCAAAAUAAGAGGAGAAAUGAAGCUGUUUGCAAUCCUACUAAUCAUCAUUGCAGUGUUCCUGCACUCCUCGGUGGCCCUCAAAAAUUCCAUAUGCGGCCUGGAACAUUCCAAAUCGGCCAAUAGCCAGGGCCAAAGCUGUCUAGCUAUCAUCCCUUCGUGGACUUACAAUGCCGAUACCAAGGAAUGCAUUUAUUUCCACUACGGCGGUUGUCAUGGCAAUGAAAAUCGUUUCAGUACCAAAGAAGAGUGUCUCGAUAUGUGUGUGGAAUGAAGGGAAUGGCGUUCGGCAAAUAAAAUUAAUUGGCGAUGUAAUCUAUGUUUUCAAAUAAAAUAAAGUGAAAAUACUAAAAAAAAAUCACUUACCAAGAGGUGGAUGCUGCCUUUGCAAAAAUG